AUGCGCCUGGCUGUUGAACUCGAAGCCGCCAAGGUCAACAACCACUGGCACGCCUACAUCCCCGGUUUCAGCACAUUCUGGCAGGCCAACGUCAGCCAACGAACUCGGGCGGAGGCCUUGAUUCAACGAUGUCAAGAAACGCAUGAACCGGGUUCAGAGGCCGAGGGUUCGCUAUCUCGAGAUUUCAGGCUCAUAGAAGGGGAGCUCGCCUCAUACGAGAACCACUGGUCGGCAAUCAAAAAAUGUUGCUCAAUCACCUGGUUUCGGUUCGCAGUCCCCUACUCAAAGCUGGACGGCCAACAAACCUCAGUAUUCGUCAGUGCUAUUGUCGACAACGGGCAUGAGUGGAUGCGGGUACUCAGCAUCACCGAGCGGGCUCUGUUAGUACAGAUGGCCGAAGCAGAUUUUCCCUGGGACGAGCCCGAUGAUGAUGACGAUGAGGACGAUGGCCUGGAAGAAGUUAUCAACGACGAAGAAACCCAGAUUGAGGUUCUGAAGAGUGCAAAACAGCUGCUGGCUGCCGCUCGCGAGAUACAUGGGGGUUACCAGCAUCGUGUACGAAUCGUGCUUCCAAAUAUCUCUCGGGGCAGUGUCCCUGCCAUAGACAGGUUUUUGAAAAGGAUUGAGUGCCUUGGUGACGACCACAUCUCACUUGCGUUGGAAUGCGCCGAAGAGAGCCAGACACCGCCUCCACCUCUCGAAUUCGCGAUACCAAAUCUUCUUAGUCAUGGCGAUGCUGUGAAAGUGCCACCCCUGACUCCAUAUUUGAACAUCGACACGUCCAUAUUUGUGGCCUUGACGACAGACAUCUCUCACAGUCAUAGCUCACAGCGAAAGUGGCGUCCCAAGAUCUUGGAAGACGUGGGAGAUGAAGCGGAGCACGGUCCUAGGCUACCCAAGUCCCUUUACCCCCUUCUUCGCCGCCACACGCUUGUCUGCACUCGCGAGGCGGCGGAGACAUGUCUGCGCAUGGUAUACGAUGCAUCUACAGAGUCGGAAGUCUCUCGCAUAGAAAUACUGCUUGGACAGGAGGACCGCAGGGGGAAGCAGGACGACAAGUUGACUUUCCUGGAGCGUGUUCUACGGCAGGAUGGGUGGCCCAUUGAGGAAAAGGACGAUGAGGCAACAGAGAAUCGUCGCCUGAAUUUGGUUGCAGAACUCCAGAAGCUGUCAUGCCAUCCAGUACCGGAAGACCUGCAAUUACCCAUUCGUAUCGUAGAAGACUUCUGCAGGGAGCACGUCGCAGACGAGGUACGCAAGGGGACACUGCCAAAGGUCGUGUUGGCGGUGGAGCCAACGCUCAACGAGACGAACUGCUCGUCUUUCCUGUAUGGGUGGAAGACGAACCACACCACAAUAACAUGCAAUCGGCAUGCUGUAAAGCGGUUGGGCAACCUCGUCAAGAAGAUGCGAUGGUCUCGCGAUGCAGAGGCGGCACCAAUUAUCGCUAUGGACUGGGCUCGAGGUCUAGCAAAGAUCCCGUUUCCUGGCGAGGUCUUGGUAGAUGAGAUGGUCGCGUGGCGCCGCAGCAACCUCCACAGGUCAAAAGUCCCCGAAGGAUUCGGCAACAUUUGUAAGCUCUUGCGCAAUCGCAAUUUUGUGAUAUCGAGCAGAAUGGUCGCCGUUCCAAACACUCAAGCCGAGGCCUUGGCUUGGCUUCGACGCUCUCACGAUAUCCACGACUCUCUCCAAACCACAGAGUUUGACAAGAUCUACUCCAAGGAUGCUCAGGUAAAAUUUACCAAUUUUCCUGCUGCUGAUGGUCUAGAAGCCAUCAAGCAGAUUAUGGACGCGGCGUUUGGGCAGUUGUCGUAUAUGAAGCAUGUCACUCGCCAAGCAGGUGAUAAUUACCAGGUGGACAACAGAAUUUGGCUCGCUGUAGACAUCACCUAUCGGGUUAAGGGCGAUCCUGGUAACGAAGAUAUCAACAUCCCAGCUGCGGGGCUGGUCACAAUUGUGACGGAAUGGGAAGAAGCUGGCAAGAUUGCGCGUUUUGAUGUCUUCCUGGACAACACUCCUGUCAGGGAAAAGAUCGCAAGUGUCGCGAAUUCCAACUCUCAAGCAACUAUCUCUCCGAGUUUCCUACGCCCCCUGACGCCGAUAUUGACGCUUCAACUUGCUGACAGUGUCUCCACUGACGCCUACAGCCCAGCCCGCAUCGUGGCAAGGCGGCUCCCAAGUCCUGCAACUCCACUGAAGCAUCUUACUACAACUGGAUACAAUGAUUGGAGCACGUCAAUCCCAAUCGGGUUUUGUGAAAAUGCGAUUAAACCAGUAACAAGAGUUCGAGCCCGGAAGCACCUUCUUGAUAUUACCAAAACGCUGUGCGAUCUGCCUUCACCAUCCAAUCGAUUUUAA